ACAAUCAACUCUUGUUCAGAGGAAAAACUAUAUAAAAUACCGGCUUGACAAAUAUCUCAUUUAUCCGUUUUAAUAUGAGAUUUAUAUUCCUAUCUACCCUUAUCACAGCAUCGUUACCUUUCGCUAGAAGCGAUUUUGGUUUCGAAGUUAGGAAUAACAUAGAAUGUGGAAGAUUGGAGGUGCGUUACUCUGGUGCAAACGGCUCACCUGACAUCCUAGUUGUAUGUCUCAUCUUCCAUAAAAUAGCUCAUAUACUGAUAAAACAUCAGCUCCCUAUCGACGGCGACGUCGCGAAAGCACCAAUGAUUGGUGAGCCUACGAACAUGAGUCCAGGAUCAGGUGUUUAUGUGAAUAACGAGUUCCGUAUGCCUGCUGGAGUGCACUUUACUGUUACUAUGGGCGAUGAUGAUGGAAUGGGUACCGGUGGUACAUCUGAAAUACUUAGGGUGCAGGAUAACGGGAAUGGGCAGGGCUGCUUUCGAAAAAAUCAAGUGACGACAUAUUACGAAAUUGCUAGCAAUUCAUCAAAUUGGAAUAGCUGUGAUACACUUUCUCUAAAUGUUAUCGAUAAAUCUAAAACUAAAGCAACGGAUUUGAUAGAUUACUAUGCUAUAUCACCAAACUCGCGCCCCAUCCACAUACAAUCAGCCCAUAUUAAUGAUACGGUUGAGUAUCAACUCACUCAACCUGAACAAAGUCAAGUUAUGAUUUUCUCCCUUUACCAUGGUACCAAUUUAGCUAUGGAUCUGGGAGGACAUACAAAUAUGUAUCGUAUUGGCGAGGGUUCAACUGAAUGCAAUAAACCAUUAGAGGCCUCGCCAACUGCGGCGCAAAACAACAGCAGUGGUAGUACGAAUUCAGGUGGUAUAUCAAGAGGUGCUAUUGCUGGUGCUGUCGUUGGUGCCGUUGUAGGAGGCGCUGCACUGGCAGCCCUAGUGUUCUUCUUACUCGUCAAGUAUAAAAAACACUCGAAUGCAAGAAUUGAAUAUGCUCGAAAGCUAGAAAGCGACAUAGAACAUAGAGAUCCUAAUGAGGAUAUCGAUGAUAUGGGAGAAGUAGUUCCAUUUACCCAAGAUAACUCUCACCAAAACACUUCAAACCAAGGCAGCUCUACAUACUCACCCGUAUCUCUUACGAAUGCCAGUACUCAUUCGCCUUAUACACCUAUUCAUCCAUCACCCCAAUCUGCUCCUCUGAAUAGAGUACCAAAAUUACAUCGAGAUGCAGGACCUGCUGUUCGGAAUGGUGAGGAAGAAAUGGAAGCUGAUGUUCCUCCAACUUACGAGGAUGCAUCGCGUAAUGAGAGUCACAACCGUGAGGAGUACGGAAGUGUGUGACAUUUAUCAGGAAUUAUUUUGAUUUUACAAUACCUUUUUCAUAAUUUUUGUUCUAUGCAUUUU